AUGAGCUCGGGAGAUUCGCCGUCAGAAGACAAGAGCGCAGAUAGUCUGGCAGUAAUCAAACAGCUUCCUACUGACCUCCUUCUCAUCGUCUUCAUUCAUGGAUUCAAGGGAACUGAUACGACAUUCAAGAACUUCCCCUCGAGGCUAGAGCAUGUCCUGACAGAAGUCAUAGAGAACCUCAAUGUGGAAUGUAUAGUGUUCCCCGCAUACGAGACCAAAGGACAAUUGAUGAAGACUCCCCUUCAGAACGCCGCGGUAGAACACUUUGCUGACUGGCUAACUACUCUGACCGUACAAAGAGAAGUUGCGGAUGGUCAAGGGGGCGGAGCCGGGAAAACCAGAGUUGUACUAUGUGGCCACAGCAUGGGAGGGUUACUUGCUGCUGACGCUCUACUUGCGUUUGUGAAUUCCAGACCUGAUAAAAACGCUCCACUGUGGCCGAACAUAAUCGCGUGCAUAGCAUUCGACACUCCCUACCUUGGUCUUCACCCCACUGUAUUCAAGAAUAGUGCAACCAAGGCUGUGGAAUACGCCGGUGCAGCCCGCACUGUUGUUUCAGAUGUGUUCUCAUUGUUUGGCAAGAAAGGAGCAUCAUCAACCGUCUCUGGGCAACCCCCUCUUGCAAUAGCAGCGGCCCCAACUGAGGAAAGUGGUUGGGCAAAGUGGGCACCUGCAGCGUAUGCUGUUGGUGGAGCGCUAGUGGCUGGCGCAGCCGCUGGAACAGCAUACUACCGCCGAGACGACAUUGGUUCUGGAUACAGCUGGGCUACUGAUCACAUGAAUUACGUUCGCAACCUCUGGGAUGAGGAAGCAUUGCGAAAACGUAUGCGAGAUUUGGUUGAUGUACAAGUACAUCUUGGAGUCACAUUCCGCUCAUUUUACACCUUACUUCCACCAGCUCCACCUUCAUUCUCGUCGCCGAGGACGUUCGUCAUCCUUCCUCAGCGAACGUCUCCUGUAGCUGCGCAUUUCCUUCCCGCAAGAAAUCAUCAGGCUGCAGAUGAAGUUCAAGCGCAUACCAAUAUGUUCAAUCCAAGAUUUAACGACGGUUACUACCAGUUAGGGCUCGAUACGGCAAAGAUCAUUCGGGAAGCUGUCAUGUCAGCUAGAGGGAUUAUUGAGAGUGACGAUACUGAGGCUCAGAAGGAUGUUGAAGCAGCUGCUGCAAUGGAAGAGACGCUACCUUGA